CCUGGCCUCUGAGGGGCUCUGAGUUUCCAGACCUUUCCUCCCACUUGCCACUAGUCUCUAUUCUUAUGUAGCCAGGGAGGGGUCCCACAGCAGAAAACUUGGCCUGAACCGGGGGCUUGGGGGUUGGCCACCGAACCACCAGCACCAGUAGAUACUGUGUUUGGAGGAACAGAGGCCGACCCCAAAACACAGCCCUAGGGCAGAAGCUGAAGUUGGAGGCAGGGGUCCAGCCCCUCCCCAAACCCCACCAAUCUUUGCAAACUGCAAGUUGUAGGGAGUCCUUGAGAAUUGGGAGGGAGCCCCUUCAACCAUGAAAGUAAUUGACCCUGCCCUGGCAGGAAAGUCACUGUUUCCUGCCCCAGAUAUCAGACUUUUGUUUUCUUUUCUGAUUUCUGACUUUCUUUAUAGGGAUUCUCCUACAGAUGGCAACAUAAUAAAUCUCUUUUAGGCGGGGGGGGGGGGGGGGGGGGAGCUGUAUGCUUCAACAAAGGUCAGAAGUCAAUCAGAUCACUGUUUUUUUAUUCAUUCAGCAAACGCUGAUUGAGCACCUACUGUGUCCAGGCCAGUGCCGGACAAAACAGCAUGUCCCUGCUCUCUUGGGGUUCAUAGCCUAUGUUCUGGUGGGGGUCCAGUGACUGUCCUCUAUCCCUGCUUCUCUUCUAUAGAAGGGGUGGUGUUAAGGAGUUAUAGAAUCCUGGAUUCAAAUCCCAGCUUUGUCAUUCACUAGCUGUGUGACCUCAGGCAAGUCACUUAACCUUUCUGAGGCGUAGAUUCUCCAUCUAUUCAAAAGAAGUCAUGAAGUCCUGUAGAGCAGGGUUGGUCCAAGGAGUAAAUGCAGAGAGAGAAGGCGAGUUGUCAGGAGACUGACAUGGAGAGUGGCACACAGUAGGUGUCUUCUGACUUGGUUACUUAUGGGUGGGAGAGCAUGAAGUAAGCUACCCCAUCCUUCAGAAGACCUGACUGUCCUAGGCUUCACUAGCCCAAGGCUGCAGCUGAUGGGGACCCCCAGUUCAGAAUGACUUUCCUGAGUCAUGUCCAAACCCCUACUCUGUGCUAAACUCUUGGAGGGUGCUGGGUGCCGUGUAAGUGGGCCUGUUGCCUCCUCACCAUAGUGCAGACAGCUGAAGAGUCGCCAGCUCCAGUGUUGAGAUGGGAAACUGAGGCUCAGCCGAAGUCAAGGACUUCCUUGAAAUGCCUCUUGGGAGGUGGUGGGGGCGAUAUCGGCCCAGAUGGCUGUCCUCCCAACACCAGUCACUAGAGGGCGCGGGAGCUAAGCCUGUGCGGUUUGGCGGGUCUCACCGCCUCCAUGGUGCCCGCCCUCGAAAGCCCCGGAGCUAGGUGGGUAGGAAUAAUAUGACCCCAGGGGCUGCACUCUGCUGGGAGGAGAAAGUAGACCCCACGCCUGGAAGAAGGAAAGGAGAAAAGGGGAACUAGAGGCGGGGACUUGAGGACCCCUGGGGUUUUCCCAGCGGGACCCCCGUUCUCCAGCUCAGCCCCUUUGAAUCUACCUGUCUAGUCUCUCUCCUCAGUGUGUCUCUCUGUCUCUCUGCCCUCCAUCUCUUGUGUCUGUGCUGUGUCUCUCUCUGCAUCUUCUUUCACUCUCUCUCUCUCUCUACAUUGAUUUCUUUCAAUGAUUCUAACUUUCUCUGUGUAGUGUGUGUGUGUGCGCACGUGUGUGUGUGCGUGGCCGCGUGUGUGUAUCUGGUUCUGUGUGUCUCUGUUCUUUCUGUCUUGUCUUCGUCUCUCUAUGUAUGUCUCUGCCUCUGUCUCCCUGUGUGGGUCACUGUUUCUCUUGUUUUGUCUCCACCUCUCUGUGUCUUUCUCUGUUUUUCACGGCCUCUGUCUCUUUUUGUUUCUGUGUCUCGGUCUCACUCAGUUGCCUAGCCUGACCCUCGAAGCCACCACCACCCAGCACAUGGGGGCUGCGGGUCUCAGUCCCUUCCCUCCUAUCUCCUCACCCCGGGCAGCUGCUCACAGCUUCCCAGCCCUGGCCUCCCUGCCCGCCCCUCUCGGGCCUUGGGGGAGGGGGGCGAGGGAGGAAGGGAGGGCAGCCCGGUGGGCCCACCCCUUUUUGCCUUUCCAGGCUGGGAGGCUGGGCCAGUGGGCCUUUUAACCAGCCCGGGCAGGCUGUGCCGGACACCAGCUCCGGACGCCUGUGCCUGGCCCCUCUGUGGUCCUGGCCGCCGCCCGCCCGGCCAGCCCGGCCAGCAUGCAGCAGCAGCCCCUGCCCGGGCCCUUGGCCCCUGUGGCCGAGCCCACCAAGCCCCCCUACAGCUACAUAGCUCUGAUCGCCAUGGCCAUCCAGAGCUCACCGGGGCAGCGGGCCACACUCAGUGGCAUCUACCGGUACAUCAUGGGCCGCUUCGCCUUCUAUCGCCACAACCGGCCCGGCUGGCAGAACAGCAUCCGCCACAACCUGUCGCUCAACGAGUGCUUUGUCAAGGUGCCCCGCGAUGACCGCAAGCCGGGCAAGGGCAGCUACUGGACGCUGGACCCCGACUGCCACGACAUGUUUGAGCACGGCAGCUUCCUGCGCCGACGCCGACGCUUCACCCGGCGAGCAGGUGCCGAGGGAGCCAAGGGCCCUGCCAAGGCACGCCGUGGACCCCUCAGAGUGAGCAGCCAGGAUCCAGGAGUCCCCGAAGCCACGCCUGGCAGGCAGUGCCCCUUCCCCCCGGAGCUGCCCGAGCCCAAGGGCCUAAGCUUUGGGGGUCUGGUAGGGGCCUUGCCGGCUAGCAUGUGCCCUGCAACCCCUGAUGCCAGGCCCCGGCCGUCCACGGAGCCCAAAGAAAUGCCCACACCUAAGCCUGCAGGUCCAGGGGAGCUCCCUGUGGCACCCUCGUCUUCCCCGUGCCCAGCGUUCGGCUUUCCUGCGGGCUUCUCUGAGACCGAGGGUUUCAGCAAGGCCCCCACGCCCAUCUUGACGCCAGAGGCGGGCAUCGGGGGCAGCUACCAGUGCCGGCUGCAGGCACUGAAUUUCUGCAUGGGGACUGAUCCAGGCCUCGAGCACCUCUUGGCCUCAGCAGCCCCCUCUCCGGCACCAGCCACCCCUCCAGCCUCCCUCCGGGGGCCGCUGCCCCUGCCAGCUGACCCCAAGGAACCCUGGGUCGCAGGCAGCUUCCCUGUACAGGGAGGCUCCAGCUACCCAUUGGGGCUGACCCCCUGCCUAUACCGGACACCGGGAAUGUUCUUCUUUGAGUAAAGCCAGCCUGGUCUCGGGCCGUCCCUGCAGGGCCCCUGCCAACUACACCCUCCAGGCUGAGCCUGACUCAAGGAUCUGGGGAGCUUUCAAGGGACCCAGGCCUGGCAAGCCAACGACCAGGACAGAAAGCCAAGACUGGAGUAGUGAACACUCAGCCAGCCCCCGGCGCCUCCGGACAGACUUGAGGGAGUGGGGAGGCAGGGCCCCCUUGAGAUUUACUCUGUGGCUCUCAGGGCCAAUAAAACCAGUGUGAUGAUGA